AUGACUUCGAAUAGCUUUGCAGAUGCCUUGAAUCGCUUAUCCGAGCGCCAACAGGAACGAGAACGGGCAGCUCUCGUCGCCCGCCGCGCCAAUGCCGACACGCCACGCUCACGAACCCGCGCCCGCUUCAGCAAGCUCCCGUACCCCCUCAAUCAAUUACCAGUAGCCUGGGACACGAUAUCCGACCCAGACGGCACGCGUCCCUCUUUUCGAGUCGGCCAGCUCGAUGCCGAGCUUCUUGACGAGGAGCUCCUCGAUCUCUUCAAGGGUCAGGUCGGGGACGCUCUUAAGUACAUCGCCGGCGGCCACCUCAAAGACGACUGGUCAGACGAGAUACAAUUAGUCUUGCGAGCGAUCCUCUUCAAGCUUACAAUAUGGGAUCACGAUGCGAGCUACGGGGCUGCGCUCCAGAAUCUCAAGUAUACCGAUGCCCGCAAAAUCGGCGCAGUCUUGUCGCCGCCAACAAAGUGGCAGAAGAGCAUGUAUGGGCUGUUUACAGUAACGGGGAAAUACGCCUGGUCUAAGUGGGAGGAUUGGUUGGUCAAUCAAGACGACGGCUACAAUGAGCUGAGCCCGCGCGUCGAGCAGCUCUCUAGAAUCACAACGGCCCUUUCAACGACGCACUCUGCGGCAGCGCUUGCCUCCUUUUUAGUUUUCCUAGUCCAAGGUCGAUAUAGGACUCUCUUGGACCGCAUCCUACGAAUGCGCCUCGCACCACCCACUAGCCAAGUCAGCAGAGAUAUAUCAUUCGAGUAUCAGAACCGGCAGCUCGUCUGGCAUGCCUUCACAGAGUUCCUGCUAUUCAUCCUGCCGCUCAUUGGCAUCAACCGUUGGAGGCGCUGGCUAUCUCGGACAUGGAGGAAGACAAAGGCGGUUAUCCGCUCCGGAAGCGACGUCGAGUCCACCAUGGCUAACGGCGAACUCUCUUUCCUUCCAGAGAGAACCUGCGCUAUCUGCUACCAAGACCAAAACGCCGCGUUAGCAUCCGAGGCCGAGGUACUCGCAGCCGCGACGUCCAGCGGAGUAAUUGGAUCCGCCCAAACCGACAUUACUAAUCCCUACGAAACGAUUCCCUGCGGAUGCAUCUACUGCUUCGUGUGCAUAGCUACGAGGCUGGAAAGGGAAGAAGGUGAGGGUUGGACCUGCCUCCGCUGUGGCGAAACGGUCAAGGAGUGCAAACCAUGGAACGGGGAUGUCCUCGAGCCCGCCAAGCCCGCACCAAAGACGGUCGCCUUCUCAGACGAUUUGCAUGACGUGAGGCUGCUCGAAUCGGUUGAAGAGAUACAAAACCUGCCGUCUUCCAUCUCUUCUCUAUCAUCCCCAUCUCUGUCUGACGUUGAAGAAGAGAAGGAGCCGGUAGAGGAUGACUAUAGUUCAGAAAACAGGAGCGAGGACGAGAUUGACGAGGAUGAGGAGGAAGACGCGGCGGAGGAGGAGUUGGAUUUGUCUGAUUAUGACGAGGGUUUCUGA